AUGUCCGAGCCAUCAUCAUUCAAGCAGCUCAACGUCGCUGUCCUCGGAGGCGGAAUCGGCGGUUUCGCUACUGCGCUUGCUCUUCGUCGCGCAGGCCACAAGUGCACCGUCUACGAGCGACGCGGUUUCGAUGUUGAGGUCGGCGCUUCCAUCUCGUGUGCUGCCAACGGUACACAAUGGCUUCAUGAUUGGGAGGUCGAUGUCGCUUCUGGUCGCCCCGUCAUCCUCAUGGAACUCACCAUGCGUGACUGGGAGACGGGCGAGAUCCUGAACCAGUACCACCUCGAAGACUACGAAAAGACGUGGGGAAACGUCUACAACAUGUUCCACCGUCAAGACAUGCACAAGAUGCUCAUGGACACCGCCACCUCCAAAGAAGGCAAGGGCACACCGGUCGAGAUCGUCAUGGACCAUGUCGCCGAGAACGUUGACACCGAGUCCGGCAUCGUCACCUUCCGCAACGGAAACAAGGUCACGGCCGACCUCAUCGUUGGUUCCGACGGUAUCCGCUCCAAGGCACGAGCCGCCAUUGGCGUCACUCCCGACAUCAAGUCGGCUCCUCAGACUUGCUACCGCUGCAACGUUACCAAGCAAGAAGUCGAGCGUCUCGGUCUCACCUGGGCUGCCGACCCUGCCAUCCAGUUCUGGGGGGGUUACCCGAAGGGCGACCUCAACCAAUACUACAAGAUUGUCAUGAGCCCAUGCGCAGGCGGUGACGUUGUUUCGUUCUACUGCUUCAUGCCUACCGAGCUCACCAAGCACCAGUCGGAAGGCUUCGUCUUUGAAGAGGUCCCGCCCGAGGAGAUCUUGGCGGGAGACUACUCGAAGCUCGACCCCCUCUGCGUCAAGCUCAUCCAGAAUUCGGUGGAGCGCAAGCCAUGGCGACUGUAUGUUCACCAGCCGUACUCGCACUGGUACAAGAAGCAGACGUGCAUCCUCGGCGAUGCUGCCCACCCCAUGAUGCCUCACCAGUCUCAAGGUGCUUGCCAGGCCAUCGAGGAUGCUGCCGCUCUGGGGGUCAUCUUCUCGAAAGAGUACAACUUUACCAACAACAUCGAGGCCGGUCUCAAGCUCUACCAGGACAUUCGCAAGCCACGUGCUACGCGUGUUCAGCAGGCAUCCACCGCUGCGCUCGAGAACCUCAACGAGCGCAUCGGCUUUUCAUCGUUGAGCGCACCCGACGCCGCGCUCGCUGCCAAGGAGAACAAGCUGACGGUCAACGAGAUGAACACGUACGACAUGAAGAAGCAUAUUCGCGAGACGGUGUAUCCAGGCUCCAAGGUGGCUAGCGCGUCCAACACUGCCGUCGUCCCGCCAAGCUCAACAGCCAUUGCCGCUGAUGCAUAA